AUGCCAUGGACCAAGAGACCAAAGACGGUCAAGGCUCGAAAGAGGAGUGUCCAGACAGUGUCAGGAUCCUUCAUUUUGCAAUUCGAGCGUCUUGGAUUUGCUGGAUUGCAGGAGGACGGGAAGUGGAACGCACCUUCAACUCAAGGAGCCGAACCUCAAGCUUUUAGCGAGGAAGUCGAGACCAAGGCGACAACCCUUGCUGUGCUCCUGCAAAAUCCAGUCGUAGCCGGCGGGCCUAGGAAGAAAAAGCAGGAGAGGGCAGGCGUGCAUCUUGCAUUUUGUUCGUCGCUGCUUUGGGCCAAGGUCCCGGACGGGGGGAAGGGGCAAGGCUACAAGCUGGAGGGGAGUGGAGUGUUCGUAAUUCUGCCAAAAGUCACCGCCUACACACCCCCGUUGCUCAGAGCAACAUGUAGUUGGCCAGUCAUCGGGGGCCCAGGAAAGAACCAGCUCCACACCCUCACCCUCCUUCCCGGUCCAACAAAGACAAUGAACUCCCCCCGUCUCUUCAAAUGGAAGGCUCAAAGCAAGGACGACACACACCAUUUCACACAGCAACGAAAUACGUACCUCUCCCAGGUUGUCUUUCGCUGUUUUGCUCCUGCCUUUUUUCCUCAUGUUGUCCCGCCGUCGCUGGGUCGCUCAUAUCCAACAUUGAUAGAUCCAUAUUACUCGAGCACCGUGCCCCCGAACCUCAUGUCCAUCUUUUUGGCUUGCGACCUCUACUUUAUUCUGUCCAAAGCAUUCAUUUCCCAUCUUCACCCAAUACUACCGACUUCGCCUUUGCUGUAUACUAUACUCUACGACAACUUUUACCGGAAACCUCACAGGUCUUUCUGUAGUAUUACGCGAAUCGUUUACACCCAGGCGAGUGUCAGGAGAGCCGCCACGCCCGUCCACCGGGCCUCUACCAACAGCACUUGGAGGUGUUCACGGGUUUCUCGUGGUAUACAACCACCGACUGACACCGCUAUUGUCGUCUCUGUCUGCCCCAGAAACUAA